UUUUUUUUUUUUAUACAUCAUGACUUUUGCCAACGGUGACAUUCCCGGACCUGCCAUGAAGGCUGAGAUCCAGGACUACACCAAGGCCCUGGAGGUCUUGAAGCAGGAAUACACCACUAGCGAUGGUCUUGAUGUCGACACCCUGCUUGACUCCGACAAGCACGGUGCUCUGACCUACAACGAUUUCCUCAUCCUGCCCGGGUACAUCGGCUUUCCUGCUUCAGAUGUCACUCUCGACACCGCUGUCACCAAGCGUGUGUCUCUGAAGGUUCCCCUUCUUUCCUCCCCCAUGGACACCGUCACUGAGCACAACAUGGCCAUCCACAUGGCUCUCCUCGGUGGUCUGGGUGUUAUCCACCACAACUGCUCCCCUCAGGACCAGGCCGAGAUGGUCCGCAAGGUUAAGAGAUACGAGAACGGUUUCAUUCUGGACCCCGUUGUUCUCGCUCCUACCGCCACCGUCCGCGAGGCCAAGGAGUUGAAGGCCAAGUGGGGCUUCGGUGGCUUCCCCGUUACUGAAAACGGAACCCUCCGCUCUAAGCUUGUCGGUAUGGUCACCACCCGUGACAUUCAGUUCCACUGCGACCUUGAUGCCCCCGUCACUGCCAUCAUGUCCACCGAUCUCGUUACCGCUCCUGCUGGUACCACCCUCGCGGAGGCCAACGAAGUCCUUCGUUCCUCCAAGAAGGGCAAGCUCCCGAUCAUCGACGAGAACGGCAACAUUGUCUCGCUGCUGUCCCGCAGCGAUCUGAUGAAGAACCUCCACUACCCCUUGGCCUCCAAGCUUCCUCAGUCUAAGCAGCUGAUUGCUGCUGCCGCCAUUGGUACCCGUGAGGAGGAUAAGACCAGACUUAAGCUGCUGGUCGAGGCUGGUCUCGACAUUGUUAUCCUGGACAGCAGCCAGGGUAACAGCAUGUACCAGAUCGAGAUGAUCAAGUGGAUCAAGCAGAACAUCCCCGAAAUUGAUGUUAUCGGUGGUAACGUUGUUACCCGCGAGCAGGCUGCGGCUUUGAUCGCUGCCGGUGUCGAUGGCCUGAGAAUUGGCAUGGGCAGCGGCAGUGCCUGCAUCACCCAGGAGGUCAUGGCUGUUGGCCGUCCCCAGGCCGCUUCCGUCCGCAGCGUUUCUCACUUCGCCGCUCGCUUCGGUGUUCCCUGUAUCGCCGACGGUGGUGUCCAGAACGUUGGUCACAUCGUCAAGGGUCUCGCUAUGGGUGCCUCUACCGUCAUGAUGGGCGGUCUUUUGGCUGGUACCACCGAGUCUCCUGGUGAGUACUUCGUCAGCAAGGAGGGCCAGCUCGUCAAGGCCUACCGUGGUAUGGGCAGUAUUGCCGCCAUGGAGGACAAGAAGGCUGGUGCUGGCGCCAAGGACAGCAAGGCCAGCAACGCUGGUACUGCCCGUUACUUCUCCGAGAAGGACUCUGUCCUCGUUGCUCAGGGUGUUGCCGGCUCCGUCCUUGACCGCGGAUCGGUCACCAAGUUCGUUCCCUACCUCACCGCUGGUGUCCAGCACUCUCUGCAGGACAUUGGUGUCAAGAGCCUGAAGGACCUCCACGAUGGUGUCAACCAGGGCAAGGUUCGCUUCGAGAUGAGAAGUGCCAGUGCUAUGACCGAGGGUAACGUCCACGGUCUGCACAGCUACGACAAGAAGCUCUACUCUUAAGCGGUGACAGCUUGAGUGUCUUGUUUCCUUGUCUUAUACCUUUUCAUCUCUUUUGAUUCUUUUGCAUCUAAGAACCGUCCACCCUGUUUAUAUGAUUUGGUUAUAUGAUGCUACGUGGUUGCUACGAAAAACAAAAAGCCUGGGCGUGAGGGACUGGAGUUCGACCUGGA